AUGAUUUCCGUUUGUCACCACGUCCUUAUCAAAAUGUUUCUCGCUGGGGUAGUAGUUAUCAUCAGUUUACCAUUCCUCCGAUCCUCUGCGAUUGAGACUCACGGCAAGACUAUCAACCGCCACUUUUUCGAGGCCCCAGAAUGGCAUGAAAAGCAAGAACCAACCCAGUGUAGCCUCAGUUGGGGAAGAAAACUUAUUCCAUCACCAUCCGAUUCUGACACAAUCCUAGCGUCAUGUGAGGAUGCUACCCACGAGGAGUCACUCUGCGAUCGAGAAUCUUGUCACAUGGGUCAAUCAGACCAAAGUCCAGAGGAAAAGCCACUUAUCAAGUACUUAUUCUUUACUGGUUGCAUGAGUUUGAAAGAUGAGUUUUCGGGGCAUAAGACAGAGAAACGAUAUACAGUGUACCCGCGAACCUAUGAAGUAUCCUAUGACCUGAGAAAAUUGGUUGUCAAAGGUUAUGCGGCAGAGAUCGAAGGCCAAUCAGAAGAAAGUUAUACUUGCACCUGGACCGACCAGUUGGAACAAAACUUCCAACGUGUUUGGUGUAAUAAUUGCACAGACACGGUUUGGAAAUAA